AUGAUCCCAUUUCCAUUUGCAACACGCUAUAUACAAACUCAAGGAUUAAGGUCGGCUUCAACCACCCCAUAUUGUCAAGACUCGAAAAAUGGAAGUAUUCCAUCAGAUCCUCCUAUCAACCAGCUGCCUCCUGUUGGUGGUCUUUGCAGUGGAUUGCAGCCCCCAGAGGAGCAUAUCAAAUGCUCAUCAAGAAACAUGAACUGCACCAUCACAAACUCGUAUGGCGCUUUCCCUGAUCGCAGCAUAUGUCAAGCAGCAAACGUUGCAUACCCCACCACAGAAGAGGAGCUAAUUUCAAUAGUAGCAGGAGCAACCAAGGCCAAAAGAAAGAUGAAAGUGGCAACUCGCUACUCUCAUAGCAUCCCUAAACUAGUUUGCCCUGAUGGCGAAAAUGGAUUACUUAUAAGCACCAAUUACCUCGAUCAUACAUUGGAAAUUGACGUCCAAUCGAUGACAAUGAGCGUAGAAAGUGGAGUCACGCUGAGACAACUUAUCAACGAGGCUGCCAAGGCUGGCCUUGCCUUGCCUUACUCACCAUAUUGGUGGGGCUUGACUAUUGGUGGCCUAUUGAGCACGGGUGCUCAUGGUAGCACAUUGUGGGGCAAAGGGAGUUCAGUUCAUGAUUAUGUGGUGGCACUAACAAUCGUUAGUCCAGGAGGACCUGAAGAUGGAUAUGCUAAGGUCCGGAAGCUCAACGAGAAUAGUAGUUGGGAACUUAAUGCCGCCAAGGUCUCGCUUGGAGUUCUAGGAGUUAUUUCGAAGGUUACUCUGCAACUGCAACCCAUGUUCAAACGAUCCGUUUCCUAUGUGGUGAAGAAUGACAGCGACUUAGGAGAUCAGGUGGCUAGCUUUGGUAGUCAACAUGAGUUUGCGGACAUAUCGUGGUAUCCUAGUCAAGGCAAGGCAGCCUAUCGAAUUGAUGAUCGGGUUUCUUCCAAUACCUCUGGCAAUGGCCUCAACGACUACAUCCCAUUCCGCUCUACUCUUUCUCUUGGAUUGGCCGUCGUUAGAAGCACAGAGGACACUCAGGAAUUCUUGAAAGACGCUGGUGGGAAGUGCGCUAGCGCAAAACUAAUUGCAUCCACGCUCAUUUCCUCAGCUUAUGGAUUAACGAACAAUGGUAUGGUUUUCACGGGCUAUCCUGUAAUUGGAUACCACAAUCGCCUCCAGUCAUCAGGAACUUGUCUCGAUAGCCCUGAAGAUGCGUUGAUCACGGCAUGUCCAUGGGAUUCAAGAAUUAAGGGUGAGUAUUUUUUCCAAGCCACGUUCAGUAUCAGCCUGUCACUUGUGAAGGGCUUCAUUCAAGAUGUGCAAAAGCUAGUCAAAUUGGAGCCUAGAGCGCUAUGUGGCCUAGACCAGUACAAUGGUAUCCUCAUGCGCUACGUUAAGGCAUCAAGUGCCUACUUGGGCAAGCAAGAUGAUGCAUUGGAUUUUGAUAUUACAUUCUAUCGACACAAAGACCCCACGAAACCUAGACUUUAUGAAGACAUACUUGAAGAAAUUGAGCAACUCGCAGUGUUUAAGUACGGAGGCUUGCCACACUGGGGGAAGAAUAGAAACCUAGUAUUUAAUGGUGCACUUAAGAAAUACAAAAAAGCUGGAACAUUCUUGAGGGUAAAGAAGAUGUAUGAUCCAUUGGGGCUUUUUUCCAGUGAGUGGACAGACCAAGUUCUUGGACUAAAAGGUGAGGUGAACAUUGUAAAAGAGGGGUGUGCACUGGAAGGAUUGUGCAUAUGCUCCCAAGACAUUCAUUGCGCACCAAGCAAGGGCUAUUUUUGUAAUCCUGGAAAAAUUUAUCAAGAUGCAAGAGUAUGUGGGAUCCUCCUAAGGACAAACGAUGAGACACUGUGUGGACCUGGCCCUGGCGGAUGGCUCGAUGGUUCUCUCAACUCAGAAGAGCUACUAUACCGUCAUGGCCUUGCGUUAGCUACCAUACCGUCAAACGUGCACUGUCAAACGUGCACUGCCAAUGUUACAAUUGUUUAUGACUUCGCUGUUACUAGUUACUUGUGCUCCCAAGAAGGGACAAUUAUUUGGGAAAUACCCAGAAACAACACAGGAAAGAUACACAAUUAG